AUGGCGAAAAAGUUGACAAUGAAGGGUCUUUUCAAGCCAAAGGCGCGAAGCCCAUUGGAGCUUGUAAAGCACACGCACGAGCUACUCAUGUUUCUUGAUCGGAACAUGGAUGCACGCGAGCAAAAGCGCAAAGAAAAGAUGGAUGAACUGAGCAAAGCAAUCUUGGAGAUAAGAACAGUUUUAUAUGGUGAUGAGGAAUCAGAGCCAAAUAAAGACUCUUGUGCACAACUUACUCAGGAGUUUUUCAGAGGGGACACGUUCAGGCUUCUCAUUGUUUGCCUCUCAAAGCUCAACUUGGGGGCUCGUAAAAACGCCACUCAUGUCAUUGCAAAUUUGCUAAGGCAACGAGUUCAAUCCCAAUUGAUUGCUUUAGAGUACUUGGAAAAGAAUAUAGAUCUUAUGGACAUUCUGAUAAAAGGCUAUGAAGACAGCGGCGAUGUUGCUCUGUCAUAUGGUGCAAUUUCAAGGGAAUGCAUUCGUCACCAGAAUGUUGCAAGGUAUGUCUUGGAAUCAGACCACAUGAAGAAGUUUUUUGAUUAUAUACAAACUCCAAAUUUCAACAUAGCAUCAGAUGCUGCAGCUACUUUCAAGGAGCUGAUGACAAGGCACAAAUCAACUGUUGCUCAAUUUCUUUCUAAAAAUUAUGAGUGGCUGUUAGGAGAUGUGUUGCUCGAUCGCUCCAACUCUGCUGUGAUGGUUCGAUAUGUCUGCUCUCUGGAUAACAUGAGAAUCCUGAUGAACCUUCUUAGGGAUCCAAAGAAGACAAUCAAGUUAGAGACCUUUCAUGUGUUCAAGCUAUUUGUUGCAAACCAAAAUAAGCCUCCUGAGAUUGUUAAUGUGCUAAUCACAAAUAGGACCAAGCUUCUCCGUUUCUUUGAUGACUUCACCAUUGAGAAAGAGGAUGAGCAGUUUGAAGCAGCCAAAGUUGAUGUUAUUAAUGAGAUUUCUGUUCUUGAACCCAAACCCAAGAUAUCUUCAAUCCUCAGCUUUAGAAACAAUUGUGAGGUCAAAUGUUAA